AUGUCCACUUACAUGGAAUUCGAGAGGGUAUCGAGGGAGGGUGCCCAAUACCACCAGCGACAUCCGUCCAUAAAUCGCACAAGCAUAUCGACAGCCUCGCCCAUCAGUCCAACAACCACAUUUGGCCCAACGCCACCACUGUCGUUUCCACCACCCCCAGCAUCAUCGCAUGCUACCAGUGGCUACAACACACCGCCCGACUCGCGAAAAACAUCGAGGAAUGAGGAUUGCAGGCAGACUCUGCCACCGCUGGCGGAGGGACGACAGUCGUUACCGUCGUUGUCGGAGGCUCUGUACAAUAAGGAUGACCGAUUUCCAGCCCCAUCACCAAUGCAGACACCACCUCUAGGCCAAGGUUCAUUCUCGGGGCCUUCAGCACCGCACCCGGAUUCGAUGCCGAGAAGUCAACCGGAGACGCUGCCGAGUGUGCAGACGCUGCCACUGUCAGGCUCGACUUCGAGCUCGUUAUACUCACAUCCAACGCCGUUGCCUCCACCCCCACCGGCGCCGCAGAGCUCAGCAGGUCCUGGCCCGAUGCACAGCCACGAAUCAUAUAACCGACGAAACAGCCAAGAGCAUUCAAGGACGUUACCGCCUAACCCUUAUGCAGCUGCACCUCCGCAACCUGUCAUUCCUGCGAUUCGACCCAGCGACCCGUACCCAGCACCACCACCCAAUGGCCAUUCCUCGUAUCAACCAUCACACCAUUACCCUCCGCCCCCACCGCACCAUAUCACAUCGCCGCAAUACCCACCGACACCGUCGUAUAGUAACGGUAGUAGUACAUCACAACAGUAUCCGUUCCCGCAGCAUUCAAGUGCUCCGCCGCCACAAUCAACGUAUCAGCCACACCCCCAACCUCCGCAUUCAGCUUCGUCGUACUCAUAUCCUCCGCGAGAUGGAUAUCCACCGCAUGAUCCACCACAAACGUCGCCUGGUUCAGGGGGAGGGAUGAAGAGAAAUUAUGGAUCUACAAUAGAGAGGGCGCUUUCUAUCUCGACAUUGCGAAGGGACUUUGAUUUGACCAAAGAUAAUUCGUCGAGAAUCUACUACAUUGUACAGAGUUGCCAAGAUGUCGCCAAAAACUUACAACCGAACCUUUUGGACCAUUGUUUGAGGGAAUUGUCGGAGGCGAUUGACUGUUCGACUCGGAAUACAGAGGCUCUGAGAAGCUGCCAACAGGUAUUUCAGGAAUUAUGUGCAAAGGAAUAUGCGGAGCAGAAUGCACAGAGGGUGAGCACCAACCACUCGUCGGAAUAUGGGGGCGACGACAAUCAUGGGUAUGCGGAUGAUACCAGGUCAAAUGGAUCGGCACAACCCGAUGCCAAGAAAAUCCGGAGAGGCCGGGCUGCACCACCUGGGCGCUGUCAUAGCUGCCACCGGGCCGAGACACCUGAGUGGAGAAGAGGACCUGAUGGUGCGAGAACGCUCUGUAACGCCUGCGGACUACAUUACGCUAAGCUCACCAGGAAGUUGAGCAAAUCCAACAUGAACACGAACGGAAGCGGACAAAUCGCGGGAAGGAACGCACCAAAUUCGCCCCUACCAUAG